CUAGAGUAAAAACAAAAACAUUUGCAGAAGAAUCAGAAAAAGCUAGAAAAGCGGCCAUCGUCUACUCCGCUCGUUAGGAAUUUCAAUAUAAAAAUCUGAUCCAUUUUCAAUUACAAUUUUCAAGUCGCCAAAAUGGUACUACGCAACGGAAAUGAUCUGGACGCCAUUGACGACAUAUCGGAGGAUGAAGGAGGUGGACAUCAGCGAAGGCGCUCCAACUCCCCCGACGGCAAUGGCCUCCAGCAUGCGAUGAGGAUCGAACGGAAUCAACAGGAGCUGGAAGACAUGAUCCGGAACUUCGUGGACGGGUUCACGUUUUACUGGAACUUAUUCGUCGACAUGAUGAACGACCUGAUUCGUCGGUAUCGUGUGAGGGAGAUCGCCAUUGAAACUUACGAAGCGUUAAGAAAUCACCCUCUGCUGGCCCUGUCGAUUGCAGCAGCAAUUUGCUGCCUUUCGUUGCCGUUUGUAAUCUUCGUGUUCUUCACGCUGUGUACCGCCAUCAUGACCUUCACCGGAUUUGUGCUAAUCGAAGGAACACUGAUAACGAUGGCUUCGAUGCUGCUAGUCGGAGUACUGAUAGGGCUGGGAUGCCUUUUCGGUACAUUCGGGAUGGCGGUUCUGGUGGGCUAUCUGGGCGUCUCCAAAGUGUACGGCUGGAUUGGCCAACGACGGUAAUUGUGCUUCAAUGGGAUGUAUUUUAUUGUGUUUUUAGGAUUAGUUCAGUAAGUCAAGCCUCUGGCUCUCUACUUGGUUCAAGUGAUUAAGAUAAUGUGUUAAAGUAAGCAUGUAAAUUGAGCAUAAAAAGGGCAGUAUUAUAAUUAUGUAAUGUAGAUGUUUUAAAUAGAAUUUGUUUUUGAAA